AUGGCUUCGUCACAGACCGAACCGAAACCUGGAGAUCUGAUUGAGAUUUUCCGCCCUGGCUACCAGCACUGGGCCCUCUACGUGGGGGAUGGCUACGUGGUGCACCUGGGUCCUCCAGGUGACGACAUCACAGGAGCUGCGUCGGCCAAUAUCAUGUCCUCCGGAUCCAAGAAGGCCAUAGUGAAGAAGGAGCGGCUGUCCAAAGUGGCCGGGGAAGACAAGUACCGUGUCAAUAAUAAGCAUGACCAGAAGCACAAACCAGUCACUGAAGCGCUCCUUGCCGCCUUGAGGGUAGUCGGCCUGAUUAUACUUGGCAUGGCAGUCGGCAUACAAGCUGGCGUGGCAGCAGGCAUACCAGUUGGCGUGGCAGCAGGCGCAGCAGUGGGCAUACCAGUUGGCAUGGCAGCAGGCAUCAUCGGAACGAGUGCGGUCAUCAUGGGCAUCCACAGGACCCUACAGGACUGA